AUGAGUUCAAAUCGUCAUUGGAUGUAUACACGUAUUAGAAAUGGUCUUCUCACCGAAGAGUUUUUGGCUGGUCUUGAAACUUUCAUCCAAUUUGCUACUAGUCAACAUAGUUGGAUGGACGGGGAAAGAAUUAAGUGUCCAUGUAAUCAACGCAAGUGUCAAAACACCAAGUAUUUAGAUGUGCCUACCGUGAAAUACCACUUAGCAAAAUAUGGAUUUGUGUCAGACUACUAUGUUUGGCGCUUCCAUGGCGAGUACAAUGUCAAUUUAGAUGUUGAUCAAGACGUUGGUGGCCCAUCUCAAGUGGCUAGUGAAGAAGCAUCUAAUGCUUACCACACAAUGGUUAUGGAUGCUGCUGGUCCUGAAUUUAAUGUGGAUGAAAUAGAAGAAUCUCCAAAUCCUGAGGCCCAAAAGUUUUAUGACAUGCUGAAAGCUGCAGAUCAAGAGUUGUGGCCUGGGAGUAACAAACACUCGCAGUUGUCUCUUGUAGCUCGACUUAUGAGCUUGAAAUCAGAGAAUCACAUAUCAGAAAAAUGCUUCAAUCAAUUCACUGAACUUUUGAAAGAAGUUGUUCCGGAGGAUAAUCUAGUUCCUGACAACUUCUACGAAACCAAAAGGCUAUUACGGGGUAUGGGAUUGCCGGUUCAGAAGAUUGAUUGUUGCAAGAACAACUGCAUGAUAUAUUGGGAGUCAGAUAUAGAUAUGACAACUAUCCGGGUCGAGCAUUUGGUAAAGCAAAAGCGAGAUAUAUGACAGAUGAAGAGUAUAAAGCUGCUCAAACCUAUGUGUUAUUAAA